CUGCCUGGUGACAGCCAUCCUAGAUGGCAAUGAUAGGAAGACGGGGCCUUGGCACACCAAUCCCAACUUGGGUAUGGAUAAGAGAUAGAGAGUCAUUAUGUAUAUAGGGAUUUCGUUUCAUUUUUGGGACCUGCAAAUGGCACAGCCUUUGGGGACUAAUGUUCCUCUUUGCUGGGGUGAGAUCAAGUUAAGACCUGUUGAAGAGACCAAGAAUCUGCCUACAGAAUAAAAAUGGAGAACCAGAGAAGGAGGAAAGGAUCACUUACAUCCUGGCUGCUUGUGCUAAGUGUGUUUGCUUUGAGAGAAUACCAGAUAGAGGGACUCAGAACUACCAGAGCACAGGAACAUACGCACAUGGAAAAAAGUCCUGAAAAACAGGCAAGUCUACAAACUCACCACAGGCAUGAGUGUCAAUUCACUGCAGUGGGGAAAACUUCUCUCUUGGACUAUACUGUACUUCAUGUUAUUGAUGAUGUGGAUGUGUGCAGCUAUGACAAACAGAACAAACAAUUUGUGGUCAAAGAAUCCUGGAUGUCUCUGGCAUUAGGGGAAGAAUUUAUUCAGCAUAAGAAAAAAGUGAUUUCAGAAAGUGAAAUGUAUUUCCGAUUGGCCCUCACGUUAUUAUCACGGAACGACACCAAGAGCGACAAGAAUCACACAAUACAGCUCUUUGCAGGCUGUGAACUGGAUAAUGACAUCGACAUUGGCAGCCAUAUCCAGUUUGCUAUGGAUGGUGAAGAUUUUAUGAAGAUAAAUGAUCAGACUAAUGACUGGACUGCCAUGAAACCUGAAGCAGAGCACUUGAAAUCCUUAGCAGAAAGUAACUUAGGAAGCAAAAUAAGAGAGAAGAAUAUGAAGAAAUAUUGUUUUGACAUGAUGAGGAAAAUCCUGCAGUACUCAAGCAUGAAGGAGAAUGUGGCCCCUGAGGUGAUUGUGUCCCGCCGUGAUGCUCCAGAUGGUAGAGUCACCUUCAACUGCACAGCCACAGGUUUCUAUCCUCGCUCCAUCCAGCUGCAUUGGGAAAAAGAUGGGCAGCUGGGUGUGUGGGGUCAAGAGAGCUCCAGUGGCACCUUGCCCAAUGCUGAUUCCACCUUCUACCUCCAGAUCUCACUGGAACUUCCUCCUGGUGAUUCAGACACAGGUUACACCUGUGUGGUAGAGCACAGUACACUACAAACUCCAGCUGUAUAUACUGUCCCUGAGAAGCCCACUGUGAAGAGGCCAUGGGCCAUGGCCCUGGGUCUCCUUACAGUUAUCAUUCUGGUGCUGAGCUGUGCUGGGGCCUUCGUCAUAUGGAAGAAGAAGAACACAGGUCACAGGACCCAUGAGCAAGCCACAGUGGAUGGUGAAGGGACCCUGUAAAGGGAGUCUGGAUUUGCCCAAUGAUGGAAGCCAUCAGUGGAGGAGAGCACUGAAGAGGGUCCAUGGGCAUAUACACAAAUUAUAGUACCCUGGUCUCUCUCUUAAUCUGUAUUCAGGAUAGGUCUUCCAAUAAAAAGUGGAACAUGGGCAUGAUGUCUGUUAUUAGCUUUUCUCUGGGUACAGAUUGCUAAAUAUCUAUAGACCAAGUAAAAAUAUUUUUGAUCUUCA